UCCCUACCAUAUAAUUAGAACAAUUUGUAUGAUUUGCAGUCGCCCAAUAAAAAUUUUGCAGUAUCAAGAUUUCUUUUCAUAUCAAGCUCCGGCGGUCAUACACCUAUAUUCGUGUUUUAUCGAAUAAUUGGUAGUACAACUUUAUUUUUUUUUAGCUCAAGGCAUUUUUAUUUAAAGCCAAAUUUUAAAAUGGGUGACGCAGAUAAAGGAGAAGCUGUUUUCAAAACCAAGUGCUCUCAAUGCCACACGGUUGAAGUAGGUGGUAAACACAAAGUAGGACCUAACCUACAUGGGCUAUUUGGUCGUAAGACAGGCCAAGCAGUUGGUUUUACAUAUACUGAUGCAAAUCGACAAAAAGGAAUCACUUGGAGUGAGCAAACCUUAUUCGAGUAUUUAGAAAACCCAAAGAAAUAUAUUCCUGGAACCAAAAUGGUGUUUGCUGGCAUUAAAAAAGAAGCAGAAAGAAAAAAUGUCAUAGCUUACUUGAAAAAAGCCACUGCGUAAUAUCAGUAUUAAUAAAAAUCUGCAGACUAAAUGAUAUGUAAUAGAUAAAUCUUUAAGUUAAAGAAAACUUGUUAUUUUAUUGUUGUUACUGUCCUAAGUGAUAUGCCUAUCUUUAUUGUACUUGUACAAUAUCUAAAUUAAGACAUUACCUGUUUAGUUAAUUUAUUAUGUACAUUGAUGUAGUGGCUUAUUGUUUUAGUUUUUAAUUUGUGAAAUUAUAAUAUAAAAUCAAGGUUAACUUAAA